AUGAUUUCAUAUUUUUUAGAUCCAGUUAAACGUCAGUGCCCUCCAGUCACACAAAAACCCAGACAACAUAAGGAUGAAGCGAAGGUCUCCAUCAGUUCACCUGGGUCUGAAUUUAUAAGCAGUGCUUUGAAAUCCUCAGCAAUAAAUAAAGAGGAUCUGGCCAAACGUACAGAGCUUCUGGUCUUAGACAAAAAAGAACAUCCGCAGGAAAAGCAGGAUGAUAUUCCUAAAUGGGAGAGAGAGCUGCAGGAGGAGCUGGAGGAGUACGACGUGUUGGCAGAGAAUGAGAUCCAGGAUGAGGCCUGGGACAGAGAGAUUGAAGAGAUGCUUCAUGAGGACUUUGAGAAAAUCUGACAUCCUAAACAGCUUGAUGAGGACAAUGAUGGAGAGGAACCAUGUAAUAUAGCAAGGUUUUUGAUGUGACCAUCAGACAAACUUGCACAGAAGACUUGACCACAUUUGGACCUUGCAUUUGAUGAAGUCAGGUGUGUUCAUUAGUUUAAUGCCAUAUUAUUAGCCUCCUUCAAUAAUCAAAGAAAGAAAACCUGACAUUGAGAUAUUUAUACUUAAACAUUUUCAGACAACAAUCUGUGUAUCUGAGAUUAAUGGUGGUUACAUGUUGCAAGAUGUUUUAUCUAGAAUGUUCAUCGGGGCAGCGUCUGUCUACAAUGACAAAAAUCAGUGUGUAUAAAUGGUUAAAAUAGUGAAAAACACCGGACCUUACCUCAGGAACAAACCCAAACCUGGAAGCCACAACUGAUGAUGGACCGACUGCAACCAUGUGCUGCAUAAAGAUGGUUUACAACAUUGUAAAUAAAUUGACCUCACAAAUUUUAUGGAGCUCGAAAGUCAGUUUAAUUGAGGGCAAAUUUUAACUCAAUGCGUAAUUUUUGUACUUAUUCUUUUUUUGACCCUGUAACAUCAAAUGUAUCAUAUGUAAUAGACAAGUUUUUGUUUUUUGUUUUUUACAUGAUUAGUGUUAUUUUUUGUUCUUAACCCUUUAAAGGGCACUCAGGGAAAUAAUUUGAAAAUCAUAAUUUAAUGCCAAUAGUGUUAUUGGAAUCCAGCAAAAUUGCUUCUAUAAGAAAUUAGUAAAGAACACAUAUUUUUUUGUUACCUUAGAGCAGGAGUCUGCAACCUGCGGCUCCAGAGUCACAUGUGGCUCAUGGAUUCUCUCCAGCGGCUCUUAAAGUGUAUAUAAACAGCUAAAUAAUUU